UGGCAGACUUUCCACUCCAGUUCCAUUUUUACGCUUCUUCUGCGUGAUGAUUUUAAGUCUGGGAUCCAGUCUACAAUAAUACUGUACGUCAAAAGUAAAACUUUACUGCUUUCUUAUAAUCUUAGGGGAAAAUGCCGAAUAUGACCGGAAGUGGUCACUGGAGACGUUUAACGGCUGAUACGGAAGCUGUCGCUGUUUGCAUUAUGAUGAUACUGCUUCUUCCUUGCGCCGUGACCGCCGAUAAAAACUGCCCCUAUGGCUGGGUCAAACAUUCUAAAAGCUGCUAUUUUGCUGCUACGGCUUGGACCAGACUGACGUACUACGAUGCCAUGGCGUUUUGCUUAAAUUUCGGAGCACAUUUGGUUGAAUUCAACAGCAUGGAAGAAUACAACUACAUCACCGCAACCGCUGUCAACUAUCCGUGGUGGAAUGGGCCCUGGAUUGGCCUAAUUAAGCCAUUUGAAGGAUAUGAUAAAAGCUGGGUGCUGCCAAGUAGAAGAACGGUUACGAAAGAUUCCGAACUAAAUCGAAUUAUUGAUGCAGCUGCACUGAAGGACAACAACAGAUGCGGCGGGCUUAACCGCAGAGGAAGCGGCUUCGGCUUCUGGGACUGCGGAGGUCAGGACAGCUGGACAAGUGAACCACAGAAAGGGUCGCCAUGGUGCGAAAUCGAUUUGGAUGAUUAGGACACACUCUGUUUUCUUGCAUCAUUGUUGUAUAGUUAUCCACACUUUAGUAUGAGCACAAUAAUUUAUAAUCAUGGCAUUUAAGGUGGCGUAGACGAGCCGGCAGUUGAUAAUGUUGACGCUCCAGUGGAUUGAUUUGUUAAAAUAUUUUUAUAUCCUAAUAACAAUAAGGUGGCCGGCCGCAUUUACAAAGCACGAAAAAGUGAUUUGUACGAGUAUACGUAGCAGCUGCUGAAACAAGCGGCCAACUCUGCAUGAUUAGUUCUGAGAUCAUCGGUAAUGUACUG